AUGGCUGAAUUACCAUCUCCCGAACAACCACGUCCACCAUCGUCCCCUUCCACGAUGGUCAAAGGUGGCUCGAACUACCCUGUCCACCAGACCUUAGCCAGUGCAGCCAAUCUUGCUAACCUUCUACCUACCGGCACAGUCCUCGCCUUUCAGACCCUCACUCCUACUUUCUCCAACAAUGGGUCCUGCCAACUUUCCAAUAAGUUCCUUACAGCAUCUGUCAUUAUAUUUUGUGCUCUCCUUUGUUUCUUAUCUUCAUUUACAGAUAGCUUCAAGGACAAUGAUACGGAUGGGAAACUCUAUUAUGGCAUCGCCACAUUCAAAGGCCUCUACAUCUUUAACUACAGUAAACUUGAGAACAUUAACACGGACUUGGAAAAGUAUAAGAUCAAAUUCUUAGAUAUUGUUCAAGCCUUUAUGUCGCUCUUUGUGUUCUUGAUCUUUGCUCUUAGCAACUCCCAUGUGCAAAGCUGCUUCUUAUCUGGCGUGGGAAUAAACUACAGUGAGUUAGCAAUGAAUUUGCCACUAGGGGCUGGGAUUUUAUCAAGCUUCUUCUUCACAAUCUUUCCAACUGCUCGUAGAGGGAUCGGAUACACAGACAUGGUGCCCCAAGCAUAA